AUGGCGGAGCAGGGCCCGGCGCCCCCCGGCCCCGCGGUUUUUUUACAUUUUCCAGCCUGCACGGGGCACCCCGAGCAGGGUUGGAGGUUUCUGCCCGGCUGGGUGCGGGGCGGAUGGGAUGGGGGCACCCGCGGCUGUCCCAGCCCGUGGCUCAGCGGCUCCGUGGGUCUCUCGCCAGGUGCGAAGCCGGGUGAAGAACCGGCCGGAGACUCGCCCAAGGCCGACAACGAGUCGCAACCCCUGCACGGCUCCGGCAUCUGUAAGUGGUUCAACGUCCGCAUGGGCUUCGGCUUCCUCUCCAUGACCGCCAAGGGCGGCGCGACCCUGGACUCCCCCGUGGAUGUCUUCGUGCACCAGAGCAAGCUCCACAUGGAGGGUUUCCGCAGCCUGAAGGAGGGCGAAGCUGUCGAGUUCACCUUCAAGAAAUCAUCCAAAGGUCUGGAGUCCAUCCGGGUGACCGGCCCCGGGGGCGUCUUCUGCAUCGGCAGCGACAGGAGGCCCAAAGGGAAGAGCCUCCAGAAGCGCAGGUCGAAAGGAGAUCGGUGCUACAACUGCGGCGGGCUGGACCACCACGCCAAGGAGUGCAAGCUCCCGCCGCAGCCCAAGAAGUGCCACUUCUGCCAGAGCAUCAGCCACAUGGUCGCCAACUGCCCCGCCAAAGCACAGCAGUCGCCCAGCUCGCAGGGCAAGCCCGCCUACUUCCGAGAGGAGGAGGACAUGCACAGCUCGGCCCUCCUCCCCGAGACCCGGGAAUGAUGGUGGGUGGCAGCACAGGGGGCUUCCACCGGGAUGAGAAGGCUUUGGCAAGGCAAGGGGAGCCUGGGGAGGGCCGGUGGCAGUGCUGGCAGCGGGGACCUGGUGUCCCUGCACAGACCUUUCCCCCACGCCCAGGCUGGGAAAAGCCCCGUUAGCAUCAGGAUGGCUUGUUCCAAAACAGGGGAAGGCAGCACCCAACACACUUCUUCCCGUAAAAAUCCUGAACACACUUAAUUCAUCUUUAAUCUUUUCCUAAGUUAAGGCAGGCAGUCGUGUCUCGGGGAGGAGGAGCAGAGGGGCAUCAUGCCAGGGAGGAGCUGGCAGCUCCUCAUUCUUCCGAGCUUCAAACAGGCUCAGCACGGCGGGGUGAGCUGGGGGGACCCCUCUGCCUGCCCGGGAGGGGGGCUGAGGGAAAGGGAGACACCCGCGGGCCGGUCCCGCAGCUCCCUCUGCUCCUCCUGGCCUCUCACCUUCAGGGAGGUGUGAGGAUUCAUGGUUUUUCCACAGCUCCUCCAUUGCUGACAGCAGCAGAGCCCGGAUUUGGGCUCGGUCUGGCAGGAAAUGGAUCCUCUCCCAGGGCUGGAGUAACACCACCUGUCCGUGGGCUGCGAGCUGCAGCCUGGGGGAGAGCAAUUCAAAGGAAAACCGCUUUUUUUUCCCCUAAUCCUCCCCAAGUGCCAGCCCAGAGAGAGCACGAGGUGUUUUCUGCAGCCAGCUCUUCUCCUCUCAGGCUUCUCCCAGCCUCGGGAAGGUGGAGCUGGGGACACACCCGUGCUGGGGACACACCCGUGCUGGGGACACACCUCUGCUCCUCCUGCCCAUCCCACGCUGCCUCUGGGGCUGAGCCUCCCCAGGGACAGGGGACGGGGCUGUCCCCCCUCCCCACGGCCCUUCCCAAGUCUUGCCUUUAUUUAUUGGCCCCGGUGGACCCCCCCUUUUCCCGGGGAGCCCCCCGGCCGUGCCGAAGCCAAGGCCGAGUGAAAGCUGCACUAGGACGUGCGUGAAUGACGUAUCUUUGGGUUUGUUUGUUGUCUUUGUUUUGGGUUUGUUUUUUUUUUUUUUUAAUAUAAAUAUUCUGGUUUUGUA